AUGAAGAGGAGACUUGAAUUUCUUAUCUAUCUAUCUAUCUAUCUAUCUAUCUAUCUAUCUAUCUAUCUAUCUAUCUAUCUCAGUCAUUAUUUCUAUCAAUCUGUCACUUUCUUUGUUUCUUUCUUUCUUUCUAUCUAUCUAUCUAUAUAUAUAUAUAUAUAUGUCUCAGUAUUUCUACUUAUCUAUCUAUCUAUCUAUCUAUCUAUCUAUCUAUCUAUCUAUCUAUCACUUCAUAUGUUUCAAUUUUCAUAUCUAUCUAAAUGUGUUCUUAUCUAUCUGACUCUGCUCAUAUCUAUCUAUCUAUCUAUCUAUCUAUCUAUCUAUCUAUCUAUCCCAUUCUGUUCAUAUCUAUCUAUCUAUCUAUCUAUCUAUCUAUCUAUCUAUCUCACUCUGCUCAUAUCUAUCUAUCUAUCUCACUCUGCUCAUAUCUAUCUAUUUAUCUAUCUAGCUAUCUAUCUCACUCUGCUCAUAUCUAUCUAUCUAUCUAUCUAUCUAUCUAUCUAUCUAUCUAACUCUGCUCAUAUCUAUCUAUCUAUCUAUCUAUCUAUCUCUGCUCAUAUCUAUCUAUCUAUUUAUCUAUCUAGCUAUCUAUCUCACUCUGCUCAUAUCUAUCUAUCUCUCUAUCUCUCUAUCUAUCUAUCUAUCUCACUCUGCUCAUAUCUAUCUAUCUAUCUAUCUAUCUAUCUAUCUAGUUUUAAAUACGAUUGUUCUUUCUGGUGUUCUUUGAUUCGUUUUCGAUUUUCCCAUUCCGACUUUAUGAACGAUAACUUGAUUUGUCGAAACUAUUAA